ACCCUCAAAAGUGGCAGAACGGAAGCAAUUCCCAGUUAAUGAUUUUGCAUUUAACUACCUUAACUGUCAACUUCCAUUUUAGAAUCAUCAAUAGAAAAAUAAAACUCCCUCAAAAAAUCAAACCCUUCAUAUUUCCGGGGGAGAGCGGCAGUAGGUGUUGGAAUCGUCAGUGACCGGGUUAUAUUCUUUGUAUUUUAAUUGGGACAAGUUUCAUAAGUUGACAUAUUCAGAUAACAAUUUAAUUGUUGAUGGGUUUUUAUUUCGUGGGAUUUUCCCGGGUUGGUUUGGUUGUGUGGAAUUUUCGUUGAAAUUUUGAUUUUUUCUUUUUGGUGGUGAAGGAGCAAUAACACCGAUGCUUAAGCUGUUGAAAAAUUUUAGGGUCUCUGCAUAUUCAACUUCUUCAAGUUUACUUAACUACUUUUACUCUCAUCCCCCACAAACGCUCCACUCUCUUCUCCAAUACCAUGCUCUUAUAAUCACUUCUGCCAACUCUGACAAUAUCUUCAUUGCCUCCAAACUUAUCUCUUUCUAUGCUUCUUUCAACAAACCCCAUUUCUCCACUCAAGUAUUCAGCUUAGUUUCCGCCAAAGCUGACACCUUUCUUUGGAACUCCAUCAUCAAGUGCCACUUCUCUAAUGCCAACUACCGUCAAGCUUUACAGUUCUUUCAUUCUAUGCGGUUAUCAAACACCCCGGUUAAUGAUUUCACCAUUCCCAUGGUUGUCUCUGCAUGUGCGGAGCUGAAUUGGAAAUGUUAUGGGGAUUAUAUCCACGGGGUAACUUUAAAAUGUGGACUAUUUGAAAAGAACUCCGCUGUUGGGUCUAGUCUCGUGUAUAUGUAUGCGAAGUGUGGUUGUGUGGAGCAUGCAUGUGUUGUGUUUGAUGAUAUUGUUGAAAGAGAUGUGGUUGCAUGGACGGCACUUGUUAUUGGGUAUGUGCAGAAUGGGGAGAGUGCGAGGGGUUUGGAGUGUCUUUUUGAGAUGAUUAGAGUUGGUGGAGAUAGUGAAAAACCAAAUUUUAGGACAAUUGAAGGUGGGUUCCAAGCUUGUGGGAACUUGGGUGUUUUGAGCGAAGGAAGGUGUUUGCAUGGUUAUUCUGUGAAGACUGGACUUGGAAAUUGCCAAGUUGUUCAGUCCUCAGUUUUGGCUAUGUAUUCUAAGUGUGGAGAUACCAAAGAAGCUUAUUUUUCAUUUUCUGAAGUGGCUAAAAAGGAUCUUUUUUCAUGGACAUCCAUUAUUGGUGUGUGUGCUCGAUUUGCCUUAAUUACAGAAUGCUUGACCAUGUUUUGGGAAAUGCAGGUUGGCGGACUGUAUCCAGAUGGAAUUGUUAUUAGUUGCAUGCUUUUGGGUUUUGGGAAUUCAAUGUAUGUUUCUGAAGGAAAGGCUUUUCAUGGGUUAAUUUUGAGGAGGAAUUAUGUGUUGGAUCAGAUGGUUCAGAGUGCAUUAUUAUCCAUGUACUGCAAGUUUGGGCUUGUAACUCAAGCUGAGAAGUUUUUCAAGACAGAAUCUGAUUGGAACAGGGAGGCUUGGAACACUAUGGUUAUUGGCUAUGGUAAGGCAGGAAUGGAAGCAAAAUGUAUACAACUAUCUCGAGAGAUGCAACAUCUAGGCAUUAAAUUUGACUCAAACAGCUUGGUCUCUGUCAUUUCUUCCUGUUCUCAGUUAGGAGCAAUCUAUUUAGGCCGGUCACUUCACUGCUACAUGAUUAAAAACUUUGAAGAUGAAAGCAUCUCAGUCUUCAAUGCACUCAUAGAUAUGUAUGGGAAGAAUAGUAAUUUGACCAUUGCAUGGAGAUUGUUUUGUAGGGCACAAAAGGACGUGGUGGCAUGGAAUACAAUGAUCUCAGCUUACACUCAUAGAGGACAUGCUGCUGAUGCAGUUGCUUUAUUUGACCUAAUGAUCUCAGAAAAUGUGAAGCCCAAUGCAGCUACUUUAGUAUCAGUUGUUUCAGCUUGUUCUCAGCUUGCAUCCCUUGAGAAAGGUCAAAGGAUUCACCAGUUCAUCAAGGAAACAGGAUUUGAGCUCAAUUUAUCUCUAUACACUGCAUUGGUUGACAUGUAUGCAAAAUGUGGGCAACUUGAGACAUCAAGAGAAUUGUUCAACUCAAUGAAGGAAAGGGAUGCCAUUUCUUGGAACGUUAUGAUCUCAGGUUAUGGAACACAUGGAGAUGCGAAAUCAGCAAUAGAGAUUUUUCAACAAAUGGAAAAAUCAAAUGUUAAACCAAAUACACUUACAUUUCUCGCUCUUCUUUUAGCCUGUACUCAUGCAGGGCUAGUCGAACAAGGGAAGUAUCUGUUUGAUAGAAUGCAAAAUUAUAGUGUGAAACCGAAUUUGAAGCACUAUGCUUGUAUGGUGGAUCUUUUGGGUAGGUCAGGUAAUUUGCAAGAAGCUGAAGCAUUGGUUAUGUCGAUGCCUAUCCCUCCUGAUGGGGGUGUGUGGGGAGCUAUGCUAAGUGCCUGUAAACUUCAUAAUGAAAUAGAGAUGGGAGUGAGGAUGGCAAAGCUUGCAAUUGAAUCUGAGCCUGAAAAUGAUGGGUAUUAUAUAAUGAUUUGCAACAUGUAUAGUUCUGUCGGAAAGUGGGUUGAGGCAGAAGGGGUAAGGAAAAUGAUGAAGGAAAGGCAUAUCGGGAAGAGAGCUGGUUGGAGUGUAUUGUAGCAUGAAAAAGUGAAGAACAUAUACUACUUUUGUCACAAAAGCAUAUUAUCAGUGUAACCAUGUGCACUGGCCAAGAAGUGAGGAACACUUUCUUACUUCUUGUUCAUCAUCUUUCAGGUAAGACUGAAAGAAAGUAUGAAAUGUCAAGAUGGGUAUAAUAGCUGGAGUUUCAUAUGGAAAACACAGGAUAUUAUUAGUAGUUUUCAAUCUGAUGUUGCUCCUCGAUGGAUUGUAACAAGAUGACAUGAAACCAAAUUUGAAACCCUGCACUUUUAUGGUGGAUCUUUUGGGUAGGAAGCUGAAGCACUAAUUACUUCAAUGCGAUGCCACCCGAUGAGAGUGUGCAGGGGAGCUCUAUUAAUUGUUUGUAAACUUGAUAAUGAAAUAGAAUUGGGAGUAAGGAUGGCAAAGCUUUCAAAUUAAUGUAAACCUAAAAAAUUAUGGCUUCUGAUGUAUUCUUGUAGUUAUUGGAAAGUGGGUUCAGGCAGAUGGGAGGAAAGUUGGUUGGAUUGGAUUGUAAUAUGAAGAAAAUUACUUUUCACCGUACAAAAUACAAUUCUUUGAAAGAAGUGACAACAUAUUUCUGA